UAUUUUUUCGCUCCCCAGAACCGGAACCCGUGGGCAUAUCCGUGCCACUUCAGGACUGAAUCCUUCAGUGGGUCGGUUUCAUAUCUUGGAUAUUACAUUUUGCAUCUGAAGAUAAUGGCAUUUCUAAGUCUCCAAGUGUUGAUUGGGCUGUUUAUUUUCUUUUGCACUGUAAACGGAUCUUCGCUGCUGCAGGCCAGGGUGUUCUUAACAUUCAAUGAACUGCAGGAAACGAAGACCGCUCAGUUUUAUGCUCUUUCCCACCACCCCUUAGACUACAGGAUAUUGGUGAUGGAUGAAGAUCAGGACCGCAUCUACGUUGGCAGCAAAGAUCACAUUCUGUCUUUGAAUAUCAAUAAUAUAAGCCAGGACCCUCUGAGUAUAUUCUGGCCAGCAUCAACAACCAAAGUGGAUGAGUGCAAAAUGGCUGGCAAAGAUCCUACACACGGUUGCGGCAACUUCGUUCGUGUGAUACAGACAUUCAACCGCACCCAUUUAUAUGUUUGUGGAAGUGGUGCGUUUAGCCCUGUAUGUGCAUAUCUCAACAGAGGGCGAAGGGCAGAGGAGCAAGUUUUCAAGAUCGAUUCCAAAUGUGAAUCUGGGAAGGGCCGCUGCUCUUUCAACCCUAAUGUGAAUACCGUCUCUGUUAUGAUCAAUGAAGAACUGUUUUCAGGGAUGUACAUUGAUUUCAUGGGGACUGACGCUGCCAUCUUCCGCAGUUUAACCAGACGGAAUGCUGUGAGGACCGACCAACACAAUUCCAAAUGGCUGAGUGAGCCUGUGUUUGUGGAUGCCCACCUCAUCCCAGAUGGCACUGACCCCAACGAUGCUAAAGUAUACUUCUUUUUCAAGGAGAAACUGACGGACAACAGUGGCAGCACCAAGCAGAUCCACUCUAUGAUUGCUAGAAUAUGCCCGAAUGAUACUGGUGGACAACGCAGCCUUGUGAACAAGUGGACAACUUAUUUGAAAGCAAGACUUGUGUGUUCAGUAAUGGAUGAUGAUGGCACAGAAACCUACUUUGAUGAAUUAGAGGAUGUGUUCCUACUAGAAACAGAUAACCCCAGAACGACGCUGAUAUAUGGCAUUUUCACAACAUCCAGCUCUGUAUUUAAAGGUUCAGCCGUCUGUGUAUAUCACUUGUCUGAUAUCCAGAGAGUGUUCAAUGGCCCGUUCGCACACAAGGAAGGGCCAAACCACCAGCUGAUUCCCUAUCAGGGAAGAAUUCCUUAUCCACGACCUGGGACUUGUCCUGGAGGAGCGUUCACACCCAACAUACGGACCACCAAGGAGUUUCCAGAUGAUGUGGUCACAUUCAUCAGGAACCAUCCCUUGAUGUUUAAUCCCAUCUACCCAGUCCAUAAGAGGCCAUUAAUAAUCCGUACAGGCACCGACUACAAAUAUACAAAGAUUGCUGUCGAUCGUGUCAAUGCGGCAGAUGGAAAAUACCAUGUCUUGUUUCUUGGAACAGACCAGGGUACAGUUCAGAAGGUUGUAGUCCUGCCCACUAACUCCUCUGCAACUGGAGAACUCAUCUUAGAAGAACUGGAAGUUUUUAAGAAUAACGUUCCUAUAACAACAAUGGCCAUUUCAUCUAAAAGUUGCAUCCUGGCUAAAGUUCCUCUUCUAAUCUCAGUGCCUGAAAUAAAUCUCUCCCUUUCCUCUCAAACAGCACAGUUGUACGUGAGCUCGGACGAAGGGGUCACCCAGGUUUCCUUGCACCGCUGUCAUAUUUACGGGACGGCCUGUGCCGACUGCUGCCUCGCCAGAGACCCUUACUGUGCUUGGGACGGCAGUUCCUGCUCCAGGUUCUACCCAACGGGGAAAAGGAGAAGCCGAAGACAAGAUGUGAAGCAUGGUAACCCUAUGACUCAAUGCCGAGGAUUUAACCUAAAAGCUUACCGCAACGCAGCAGAGAUAGUUCAGUACGGAGUGAAGAAUAACACCACCUUCCUUGAGUGUACGCCAAAAUCGCCACAGGCCUCCGUUAAAUGGCUCUUGCAGAAGGACAACGACAGAAGGAAAGAGGUCAAACUUAAUGAAAGAAUCAUAUCAACCGAACAAGGGCUCUUGAUUCGCUCUGUCCAGGAUGCUGACCGAGGGCUUUAUCACUGCAUUGCGACGGAAAAUGGCUUCAAGCAAACGAUAGCCAAGGUGAACUUCAAGGUGUUGGAUUCAGACACGGUGGCCUUCAUGACUGAGAAGUGGUCCCCGUGGACCUGGGCUAGUUCACUCCAGGCUCUGCCGUUCCACCCAAAGGACCUGGCGGGAGCCUUCAGCCACUCGGAGCUGCAGAUGAUUAAUCAAUAUUGCAAAGACACGAGGCAACUUGGCCAGCAGGCCGAAGAUUCCCAGAAGAUGAGAGGGGAUUAUGGCAAGUUGAAGGCUCUCAUCAACAGCAGGAAAAGCAGGAACCGAAGAAAUCAAUUGCCUGGAUCCUAAGGUUUUGUCUUGGAGCAUCAAACUUUUUUUCAUACCCUCCCUCAAGGGAUUUUGGGUUUUUUUGUGGGGGUGGGGGUGGUGUUUUCCUGCUGAGAGCAUAGACAAAACAUUAGCAAAGCAAGCCCGAAAAAAGAU